AUGUCGCGCAGAGAGCCUCAGUUCAACCAACAAAACCUCUACGACCCUACGCCUCUCCCGGAGAGCAUCCCCAAGGUAGCGGAGAUCGGAACGACGUCUGCGCCUUUGUACAGUGCCGCGUACUUCAUCGGGGACCGAUGCAAGGCGUUCAACGAUGACUACAUGAAGUGCAAGGACGAGGCCAACGGACAGGGCGAGGUCAAGUGUCUGAAGGAGGGGCGCAAGGUUACGCGCUGUGCGGCUAGUGUGAUCAAGGACAUCAACACACACUGCUUGAAGCAGUUCAACGCCCACUGGGAGUGUCUGGAGAACAACAACCACCGGCUCUGGGAGUGCCGUAAGCCCGAGAUGGACCUGAACAGCUGUGUUUUUGAGAAAUUGGGCCUGAAGAAGACAAUCCCUGGAGCCCCUGAGAACCAAACACCCGUGCAUUUGCGACCCAAGCAGCUGUACGCUUCUUUCCCCGGUCCGCAAUAUUAA